AUGACUCUGGAGUCCAUGAUGGCUUGCUGCCUGAGCGAAGAGGCGAAGGAGUCGAAACGAAUCAAUGCAGAAAUUGACAAGCAACUCCGCCGAGACAAACGUGACUCGAGGAGAGAGCUGAAAUUACUUCUACUCGGUACGGGAGAGAGCGGCAAGAGCACCUUCAUCAAGCAAAUGAGGAUCAUCCAUGGAGCGGGCUACACAGACGAAGAUAAGAGGGGCUUUAUCCGGCUGGUUUACCAGAACAUUUUCACCUCCAUGCAGUCCAUGAUCCGUGCCACAGAGACCCUCAAGAUCCCCUACAAAUAUGAACAGAACCGAUCUAAUGCCAUGCUAGUGAAGGAGGUAGACAUCGAGAAGAUCAACGGGUUUGACCAGCCCUACAUCGCAGCCAUCAAGAUGCUGUGGGCUGACCCGGGCAUACAGGAGGCCUAUGAUCGCCGCAGAGAAUAUCAACUCUCUGAUUCCACCAAAUAUUACCUUAGUGAUAUAGACCGCGUGACUGCGGAGGGGUAUGUUCCCACCCAGCAGGACGUGCUGAGGGUCCGUGUUCCCACCACGGGCAUCAUAGAGUACCCAUUUGACUUGGAGAACGUCAUCUUCAGGAUGGUGGAUGUAGGGGGUCAGAGGUCAGAGAGGAGGAAGUGGAUUCACUGCUUUGAGAAUGUCACCUCCAUCAUGUUCCUGGUGGCGCUCAGUGAGUACGACCAGGUCCUGGUGGAAUCAGACAACGAGAAUCGUAUGGAGGAGAGUAAAGCUCUGUUCAGGACUAUCAUUACCUACCCCUGGUUUCAGAACUCCUCCGUCAUCCUCUUCCUCAACAAGAAGGACCUGCUGGAGGAGAAGAUCUCCUACUCACACUUGGUGGACUAUUUCCCCGAGUUUGAUGGCCCCCAGAGAGAUGCCCAGGCGGCACGGGAGUUCAUCCUGAAGAUGUUUGUGGACUUAAACCCAGACAGCGACAAGAUCAUCUACUCCCACUUCACUUGUGCCACGGACACUGAGAACAUCCGCUUUGUGUUUGCAGCUGUCAAAGACACCAUCCUACAGCUCAAUCUCAAAGAGUACAACCUGGUGUGAGGGCCCGCACUCGGCGCACACCUCCUCCCCAUUGCACAAACGCACACCUCAUUCGGAGUGUGCAUUCAACUCCACAUGCAUCAUACAACAUACUAUGCCGGCACACACACAUACAGACACACGCACACACACCAAUAGAACCUGUCGUUUUUCUUUUUUCUUUUUUCCCCCCAGUACAUUAGAUUCACAGAUCUGCCACCUCCAAAUGCCCCCCUUCCCCUUCACCAAAGCUCGCCCUCUUCCUCCUUUUCUCGGCAGCUUGUUGUGUCAGAGUCCCCGCUCCUCCCAAAUCUGGUCCAUGUGUCAAAUUUGGCCCCGGCUGCUGGCUCUGGCACACUGAUCUGGCACAUAGACCUGUCCCACGGGUUGUACAAUGACUAUGGACGGGACUUUGGUGUUUGUGCGUGUGGCAUCUGUGUGUAUGUUUGGGGCAACGACGACUAGUGAGGAGCAGCGUUUUUGGUAAAUUGUGGGGUCAACCCUUUGGUUUCCCCUGGAGUUAACCCUCCGUGGUGUGAGAUCAGAUCCACAGAAUCGUCUCCUUUCUGAGCACUCGAAGGUGUGGACGUGAGUGAGCACUGUAGCUCGUGAAGCCACCCACGGAGCUGCAAUACAGUGUGGAAUAAAAUGCAUCACCGAAGACCCAGCACAGCCUCUCAGUGGGGAAACAACAUGCGUGAACACAGGAAGUGAGGGGAAGGGGACGGGGCAAAGGGUUCUGUCUCCACCUUGCAUCUAUGAAUGUACCAUCCAGUGUGAGCAUUGCAAUCGCAAAAAAAAUAGAGAAAUAUAUAUUAUAAACUAAAGGCAUACGUAAACACACUAAGGCAAAAAAGCACGAGACGGAGAGACAAAGCUCAUGAAAAUCUGUUCCUUUACUGAGACUUUUUAAACAUUUUAAUGAUAUUAAUUUGUUGCUAUGUGUACUUCUAUUUAACAAUGGCAAAAUUAGCGGGUGACAAGAAAAAGGUUAGAAAAAUUCACGUAACAAAAGUCCAAAAACAAGCAACCAGGAAUUUACUUGACAUUAGUAUCCUUUGCAGAUUUCUGUGGGAUUUUGUUAAGUUAAUCGCAUUGCUUCCCUCCUCCAGAUGUUUUCUGUAUGGAUUCACAGAGACAAUCUGUUACCUUCCAUGUGACCUUCACAGCAUCUGGCACUACUCAUAUACACCUACACUACAUCACACCAGGAGCGGGUGACAAGACCUUGCUUUUGACACAGGCUCUGCUCUGAUUAGCACAGGCAGGUGCCAAGGGGAGCAUGAUGUCAUCAGUGUUUAUCGGCCCGCAGAGCACUGGGCGCAUUCGCAGGUUGGGCUGCAAGUAGCUUAUCUGACUUAUAAAAAGCUGUAAGUAAAACACACUCAUGCCCGGGUUGUGAAUAAAACCCAUGCGGUGUAACAUCUCUGAUGACGUCAUACCUGCGUCACUCAGCCGUCCGAUCAGACACACUUCCUGCGGGUUGACAUGAUGGUCGUCCAUUAUAUCAACACAGGACGUGCUUCUGUUUACUUUUUUACUGUAUAGUCACUUUGUUUAUAUAUAAAAAAAGAUUGCUUGCUGUUGAGUUGUGAGAGGAGGGGGGCUACGAACCUUCUUUCACAGAAAAACGUACUCUGAAGUCUGCAAACGUUGUUGUUUGUGUAUAUUUGUUUGUAAAUACAUAUACACAAAAACGCUCCUGUACAAUAAAAGGCUCUGUGGUACUCAUCUUUCGCAAAAAGGAAAAAAAAAUCCACUUCUUUCAAUAGCGUAGUUUUUUUUUCUUAUGAAUUUAUGGUAGUAUUGAUACUGUGAUUAUGGAUUUUGUUCACUUGAUUAAUAGGACUGUACACAGAGCUGCGCUGAGUGGUGUUGAGGAAAUGACGGACAAGGAGUAAUAGUCAGAGAAAAGAGGUUCCUCCCACCCAACCUCUUCAACCCUCACAACUCCACACUACUGCAACAGCUCCAGCUCCAGACGAAUACUCUGGACUAACUAGGGCUGGUAAGAUUCUUCACAAUAUGGUGACAAGAUGAUUUUAAAAAGAGUAAUUAAAGAUUUUUUUUUUAUUUAUCUAAUUUAUGGACCAGGUUUGAAGGUGUUGAUAAUUUGACUGCUUUUGAUUCUGUCAUGUUGAAGCGCUCCUUUCUCAUGGUGGAGCCUACUUGAGUCUGAACUGCUGUAAAAACAAAUGUCUGGUAUAGUAUGGACUUUAUCUCUGCUUUCUAUUUCUAUUAAGACAUUUCCAGUUGUACUUGCCAUCACAUCUCCAUCCAAGAUAAUACUGUAUGGUUUCUUUAGGAGCCCUCACAUUUGUUUUGUUUGAUUUAAAAAAGGAAAAAAAUGAAAAAAAAGAAACAUGUAUUUCCUCUUGGUUUAUAGACGCAGCGCUGUAAUGCAUACUUAGAAAAUGUACAAUACGAAAGUAGGUGGAGUUUUUUAUCAGUGAUUGAAGACCUACGUGGUCCAUGCUUGCUAUUUGUAAUUUAACACAAAAAAAUUCUGUCGUUGGUUUUGCAUUGUUAAUUUCCAGUUUUUUGAAGCUUGCUUUGAUAGUGCCAGUGAUGUGCAGAUAUACUUUUUUGGUCUUUGACCUUUUCUACAGGCGACUUAUCCUUCAUCCUCAUUAAGGGCUAUCACAGUACAUCAGGCAGACAGUGGGAGUGGAAUUUAGGACCACAGUGAACCAAGUCAUCCACUAAUCCUUGUGUAUAAAUGGAGAUUACUUAUGUGCUGUAAGAACUGUAGGCAGGGUGUUAAUGCAAACAUAAUAAGGUGUGUAAAGAGAGAUGACCAACACUAAGCAGUUUCUUUUAUACAAUCCUUUUUAUGUCUUUUUUAAUUUAUUUAUAUGGCCCAACAGUAAGUCAAAAGGACCCAGUCUCUGGCUCUCAGACAAUGUCACGCCCAUAACAUUCAUUAUUUCUUUUUUUUUUUUUAUUUUUUCAUUGCAUUAGUAUUACGGUAUUACCUGGAGUUGACUCCAUUCAGUAUAGAAACACUAUUUUCACCAAAAGACACUACUUUUAAGACAUCACUGAGUAUUGUGUAGUUUCCACAUAGUGUUUGAGUUAUACCUGAAGGCCAACAAACCUUUACUGCCAUUUUGUCUGCUGACAAGUGACACUAGCCUCGAGCUGAGCAAGCGGACGGCCAACUGUUAGACAGAGAUGCCUGUCAUAGAUUGAGAGGUCCUGUAUGUAUCAGGAUGCCAGUAUUAAGGUGGAAUGACGUCUCAGUAUGGAUACUUGAGUAUUAAACAGCAGUUUUACGAUUGUGAAGCUUUACUGUGUUGAGUGCAGCUCGCUUAGAUGGUGAUGUACACCCUACAUCGCUCAGUCACCUGCAGACUUAGCACUACGCCUCUGGUACGCGGUGAAGGGCUGACAGGCUGGCGGUUUGGUGGUUCGUUAAAAGCGUUUGUUGCACAGUGUGUUUUCACGUGUUAAUCCCACCAUGUACGAGCUGGAAAGAGGUUAGGCAGACUAUAGGAAACUCUGUAGUUUUUCAGUUGCAUCCUCUCCUAGUCACCUUGUCCCUUUGAGCACUGACCAGUUAAAAGACUGGAUUGUUUGUUUCACUGUAACACGUUCCCUUUUAUUGCCUUUCAUUGCCUUGAAUAGUAAAGGCUUUGUGCAGACGUUGCUGGCCCUUUACUGUUAUCUAGCAUGCUCUGUGACCACUGGGUGACUGGGGAUAUAUAAUACACCCGGCCCAUUGGUAUUCAAAGUUGGAAUAAAUUCAAUCAUACUUAUCUUUUGGAGAUCAACAUGGAGUUAGUGCAUAUUUAGAACUUAAAGCUUGUUUUCCUUUUUUUUUUUUUUUUAACAACAAAAGUGUUUUUUUGUUCUCACUUUCUCUUCUCUUUGUAUGAUAAGAAAACUUACCAGAACACUAUUGUAUUUAGGACCACUUGAUUUUCUUUCUUUCUUUUUUUUUCUUUCUUUUUUUCACUCCAAUGAAACCUGAUGGUCAAUUGUGUAGUGGUGUAUAAAAUGCUGUGUUUUUCUUUAUUUUGUAUGUAAACCAAAUGUAAAUUAUGUAUUAUACUGAGUGUGCCAACCCCACUCUCUCUAGAGCCAGGCUCUCUCUAAGUGCCAACGCUGUGGUCAUCAUCAAAGGACUGCCACCUGAGGCGGUCCCCCUUUUUAAAAACACACCAGAGACUAAACAAAGGAUAGAUGAUUAAGUACACACAAAGACUUUAUUCUGUAUUUAAGAUUGAAGAUUUAAAAGAUAAUCUGCUGUUUUUUAAGAAACUGUAAUUAUAAUUGCAUGUGCUGUUUAUUUUGUGUUGGAAGUGAGGGCUUGGAUGUUUUCAUUGAUGCAGAGCCCUUGGUGAAAGGGUUGAAUCGGUUGGUUAUUAUCGAUUAUUGAUUUACAUUACUCUUGCCAUAUUUCUUUGUUUUUUAUGUGUUUCAUGUAUUUGUUUCAACCACUGUUGCCUGAUCCUCAUUCAAACAUGAACAUGACUUAUGAUCAUUGCCGCCUUCUAAGAGAGAAACAUAAUGACAAGGUAUCUGUUUUAAAUUGAAAUAAAUUUGUUCCUAUACUUGC